UUCCUCCAACUCCAGUGGCAUUUCGCUACUCAAACCCUCUAUAUAUUCACCUCCAUCUCCCAUCUCCACUCCCUCCCUUCCUUCCAACUCUCAAAACCAUCAUCAUCAUUUUUAUUAUUAUUAUUAUUAUUAUUAUUAAGUUGUGUUAAGUUGUUGUUGUUGGAGUUAAUGGGGAAGUGCAGCAGGAUCCGACACAUAGUGUGGCUGCGGCAGAUGCUGCGGCGGUGGCGGCGGAGGGCGGCUGCGGCGGCGGCGGCGGGGGACGUGCCGGCGGGGCACGUGGCGGUGCGGGUGGGCAGCCGGGCGAGGCGGUUCGUGGUGCGGGCGGCGCACCUCAACCACCCGGCCUUCCGGCAGCUGCUCCGGCAGGCCGAGGAGGAGUUCGGCUUCCCGGCCUGCCCCGGCCCCGUCCUGCUGCCCUGCGACGAGUCGCUCUUCGAGCACGUCCUCCGCCAAUCCACUCCGCCCCCCUCUUCCCGAUUUCUCUCCGUCGACGACCUGCAGCCCUCCUGCUGCUUCUGCUGGGCAGCGCCGGCAGCACUACCCACCGCGCCGGCAUUGCCGGCGGUACGGUGGUGCGCGGAAGUCCCGCCCGCUGCUGCAGGGCAUCCCGGAAAAACCGGCCGGUCUGCGGUGAUACGGUCCGCUAUGAUCGAGUAG